AUGAUUGUUUCGGCAGCUAGAAUAUGUCAGAGUUUCACCUUGACAAUUUCUCGCCUUUCAGCUCUUUCUCCUAAAACUGGUCAGUUUGUCAUAGCGGCAUCGAGCUGUUGGCGAUUGCACAAAACUGCUUAUUUUGCUCGAUUUUACCAUGAAGUGCAUCUAACUGAAGACGAAAUGGAGGAGAGCUUUAUCAAGGGUUGGGGAAAAGGAGGGCAGAAAGUGAAUAAGAGCAGUAACUGUGUUCAUCUGAAACAUAAACCUACUGGUAUCAUUAUUAAGGUACGACUACAUACUUUUUAGUAAAAAAUUUAUUUAUAAUCUGUACAUAAUUCUAUGAUAUGCUAUAAUUAUGCUCUUUAUAUGUUGUCCUAUUUUAUCUUAAUUAAAUUCAUUUAUUAAUUUAUUUGUUUUUAUUACUGUUUUUCUCCUAAAUUUAUGAUAUUUUUCCUCACUAUCUUUCGAGUGUUGUUUGAGUGUUGCAACCCUAUAAAAUGUAAUUUACUUAUUGUAACUACUCAGCUUGUUUAGUUUUUUUUUAGUAUUCUGAGUAAUUUUUUUGCCUGAUCUAUGUUAAUCUAUGCUGUUCUUGUAAAUGUUGUAAGUUGGCAAAAUAAAUUUAUCAACAAGCAGGGUGGCACAAAUACUCUGUGAAUUGACACUACCGCCUGAUGAAGAUCUGCAGUACGUGGUCAAAACAUCACGAUCAAUGUCUAUUUGACAAUCAUAAGACAAACAAUAAACGAAACCCUUUAUACACAUUAUCUACAAUGAACAAUAUCUUUCAUAACAAAAUCACUGUUCUCAUAUGUGAACAAAGGCCCUAUCUGAUAUGGUUUUUGUGCUGGCGCAAUAGCUAUCUGCCUUAGUGUGAACAUGGCCUAAAUUUGGGGACCUCGGUGGCACUUGCUGGUAGCCCCAUCCUCAGUGAACCAUUGUUUGAUCUUUUUCUUUUCUCUUUUUAAUAGUGCCAUGAAAGUAGAUCCCUUGCAAGAAAUAGAGUGAUUGCCAGAGAAAUCUUGAGACAGAAACUCGAUUUUCUUUACAAUGGCAAGGAAAGUGAACUUGCUCAAGCUGUUGCUAAGAAAAAGAAAAAGAAAGCAAAUUAUGCAAGAAAAAGGAGACUACGUGAGGAAGCUAUUGCUACUGGCUUGCAAAAUGUGAAAGAUGGACCAGCAGAUUCAUGUGAUGUUUAA